AUGGUGGGCGUGGUAGUACCUGUCUAUGGACAGCAAAGAUUGAUGGCACGAGGGCGCAACGGCGGCUCCAACGGCGACGCGUUGUGCAUAAAGAAAGAACAAAGGGAAAAAUACGGCUACUUGUUGCCGGGCCGGACGGGCCCUGUCUGUUGCUUACCGGCUUCGGAUUGAUUGCACCACCUGAAGCUUGCCCUUGUUGGGGGAAACCCGGCGGCCGCCUGAAAAUCCUGACCUGGCAUCCUCGAGACAUGGCAAAAGUUACUUACCGGUACCCUCCCGUACCUGCUCUUGUCUGGACGGGGGCGUGCGUGCGGGAGUAGGUAGACAUCUAUCCCGUCGUCGAAUAACCAUAACGGCUGCCAGCCCGGCCCUCUUUGCUUG